CUUCUGUCUUCGGGUCCUGUCUUGAGUUCUGUCCGCAUACACGUGUGGUUCUGUGGUCAACAUGGCCGAUUUACAGAUGAAGCUUAUCCGUAAGAAAAUCACGAGAAGAAAUGAAAAAAACAAAGAGCGCAAGCUACUAAAGAAGCACACAGAGGACGAAGAGUCUAUGAGGUCGCGCGGGGUGGACAAGAAAGGCUCGCAAGAAGCUUGCAAAGCUGAAACUAAACUCGUCCAGGGACAGCAGAAGCAGAACGAAGAAACAGUUGAUAUUCAAACAGAUGCGGGGGGAAACUGUGCAAAGCAAAAGAAAAGAAAGAAAAGAAAGGUGCUCCUCACGGCUGAAUCACCAGCUGAGAAAAAGCCCAAAACUCAACACAAAGUAAAUGGGGAGAAUGACGGAAGUCCGCUGGAGGAAGAGGAGGAGGAAACAGUCGAACCGGAGGAGCAGGAGGGGGGUGUUGAGGACGAGGAUCCACCUGAGCUACCAUCUGGCUUGACAGGAGCGUUUGAGGACACGUCUUUCGCUUCUCUCGCCGAACUGGUGAGUGAAAGCACACUGAAAGGGGUGAAGGAGAUGGGAUUUGAACACAUGACCGAGAUCCAGCACAAAAGCAUUCGGCCGCUGCUGGAGGGAAGAGAUGUGCUGGCUGCUGCCAAGACGGGGAGUGGUAAAACCCUGGCCUUCCUCAUCCCUUCCAUAGAACUCAUCUACAAACUCAAGUUUAUGCCUAGAAAUGGGACUGGUGUAGUGAUUCUUUCUCCGACACGCGAAUUAGCAAUGCAGACGUACGGUGUGCUGAAAGAACUGAUGACGCACCACGUGCACACCUAUGGCCUGAUCAUGGGAGGCAGCAACCGAUCAGCGGAGGCCCAAAAACUGGCCAAUGGCGUCAACAUCCUGGUGGCGACACCGGGCCGUCUGCUGGACCACCUCCAGAACACAGCGGGCUUCAUGUUCAAGAACUUGCAGUGUUUGAUUAUUGAUGAAGCUGAUCGCAUCUUGGAGGUGGGCUUCGAGGAGGAACUGAAGCAGAUCAUAAAGCUUCUCCCCAAGAGAAGACAGACCAUGCUGUUUUCAGCGACACAGACUCGUAAGGUGGAGGACUUGGCUCGUAUUUCUCUGAAGAAAGAGCCGCUCUAUGUCGGGGUGGAUGACAACAAGGACAACGCCACCGUCGAUGGUUUGGAGCAGGGCUAUGUAGUGUGUCCGUCAGAGAAGCGCUUCCUGUUGCUCUUCACCUUUCUGAAGAAGAACCGUAAGAAGAAGCUCAUGGUCUUCUUCUCUUCCUGCAUGUCUGUCAAAUUCCACUACGAGCUCCUCAACUACAUCGACCUCCCUGUAAUGGCCAUCCACGGCAAGCAGAAGCAGACCAAACGCACCACCACCUUCUUCCAGUUCUGCAACGCAGACUCGGGCAUUCUGCUCUGUACUGACGUGGCAGCUCGAGGCCUGGACAUCCCAGAGGUGGAUUGGAUCGUCCAAUACGACCCCCCAGAUGACCCCAAGGAAUACAUCCACAGAGUGGGCAGAACGGCUCGAGGCAUCAACGGCAGAGGCCACGCGCUCCUGAUCCUCCGACCGGAGGAACUCGGAUUCCUGCGCUUCCUCAAGCAGGCCAAGGUCCCCCUGAGCGAGUUUGAAUUUUCCUGGAGUAAAAUCUCCGAUAUCCAGUCCCAGUUGGAGAAACUGAUUGAGAAGAACUACUAUCUUCACAAGUCAGCCCAAGAGGCCUACAAGUCUUACGUGAGGGCUUACGACUCGCACUCGCUCAAGCAGAUCUACAGCGUCAACACACUUAACCUCCUCAUGGUGGCGUUGUCUUUUGGAUUCAAAGUCCCACCCUACGUUGAUCUUAAUGUCCACGGCAGUAAAGGUGCAAAGCUGCAAAAGCGAGGCGGCGGCGGCGGUUUUGGUUACCAGAAAUCCAAGAAUGUGCACAAGUCCAAAAUCUUUAAGCAUGUCAACAAAGGACGGAGCGACAAAAGGCAGUUCUCUCGCUAAUUGGAUGAUUCGAAUCACCCGACUGAUUCUUUGUCGGAGUAUUGGUGGAAAAAAACAGCCCUUUGUGUCCUGCUCACUUAUGUUAUAUGGGCAAAGUUAUCUCGGUCCCGUUUUCUCCUUUAUUUCCAAGACUUUUAUGACUAGCUACCUUGCUGGAUAUUUUUUAAUAUAGAUUUGAAGAAUUCCAUGUUUGUACGGCUGCAUACAUUUGCUCAGAAAACUGAAGUGUGAGUUUAUAUAUAAAAUCCCAAGUGACAUUUGAAUAUUGGAAAUGACUAUUGAUUGUGCGUAUUUGAGAUUAUUACAUCCCUAAUAAGACAUUGGAGGCAAUGAUGUAAACAAAUAAUCAAGCCUUCAUCACAGGAAGCUAUAAAUUCCAGCAGAUCUAAUUUCACAGAAAAACUGAAGUUACAAACUACCUUCCAAACUGUCAAAUGUUUGGCCCAGUGUUUCAUCGAGCAUUAGUCAUCUUGAUUGGGAAAAAGUUGAUUCGCGCAACAAGAAAAUACUUUACAGUUACAAAACAAUUUCCAUAUUACAAUCUUCUCUUGUGUAACAUUCUAAUUUCUUGGAGAUGGUCAAAUGUUUUUAUUUGCUGGAAGCUAAAAUAAAAAAGUAGUUUACUCCGUGUAAUGAAUCCAUACAAUGAGUUUUUG